AUGAAGAUAACCCUGCAUAAAAUUGUGAUGCCCUUCACUGUGUCAGAUUAUGAGCGAGGAUUUCUCUACACUUUAGCCUAUAUUGCUAAACAGGAAACUGGCAAAGGUAGCGGAGUGGAAUUAGUCUCGAGCAAAAACGACAAAGAGUUCAAAUUACCCGACAACGAAGUGCCCGAGAAGUGCCAAUACACACACAAAAUAUAUCACUGCGAGCGGUUUGUCUCAAACUGGGUCCGCAAAAUCGCCAUCAAAAUGUUCGGAAAAAACUCUUUGAAAUUCAUAGAGCACGCUUGGAACUGCUAUCCUUACAUGUACACGUCAACUGAAAAUAUGGAGAAACCCGAGAAGAUUGCGAUGCAUUUUGAAUCGUAUCAUAUUGAUAACGACAAAGGCAACACUGAAAAGCCGAAAUUUAUUCACAACAGCAAACAUCUGAAGAACAAAAACUCGUUUAAAGGGGUCCAAAUUAGAGUGACAGAUAUCACAGAGAACAUGAAGAAAUUAAAGAAGUUCGACCCGACUAAAACAGAGUCGAAAAAAGCGGGCGUGGGUCCUUUGACUCCGAGUACAAAAAAGAAGCCGUGGCAUGAUAGCUUCGAUGGACCAACUAUGUGCUGCUACAAACUGUCAAAUACCAAAUUCGACAUCACCUUCGGGGGUACUUUGGAGGGCAAAUUUGUGAAGCAGCAGGACUUCGCCCUAAAGAAGUUCCACAAGAUGAUCUACUGUCUCAUGGACGAAUGGUGGGAUAUGACGCUUGAGGAGGUUUUGAAAUACGAGGAAGAGGUCAACAAAGAGCUCGGUAACAAUCUGCACCGCGAAGACAUUGAAUUAACCGGCGGUGGAUUCGGAGCCGAAGACGACUCGUCUCGGGCCGAUUCGGGAGCUGCCGAUCAGUCGGAAAACAGAGCCGAUAACUCAGGGGCACAGCCAGAAAAAGCUACUCCUGAGGGCACAAAUGAAACUCCGAGUGGAUCCGUUAUCAGGUCAGACGCGAAGGGUUCCGAGCCUAAAGCAGAGGAGAAGCCUGCAACAUCGGAAUCAGCGGUGCCUCCGGCAUCAGAAGGAAUAAAAACGAAGAAGUUAACCCCAAAUAAGUCGAAAGAAGGCGGCGAGUCAUUCAAGACGCCCGAUCAAGAACUGCCGCCAAUGUGUGACGAAUGUUCAGUGCGACACAAGCCGGGAGAUCCUCACAGAACUAAGAAAACUUAA